CGCUCGUCACGCGACGAUCUCAGGUCGGACUGGAGCGCGUUGUAAUAGAGAAGAAGAAAACUGCCGGGGGAGCCGUAAGCAGCCGCUUCGGCUGUUUUGUCUUUAUCGUACCGCAGAGUUGGUCUUGCCAUAUACCACAAGUCAGGAGAGGUAAAAGUAUAUAAUUCCGGGCUUUGAUUUGCUUUAUUUUCUUUUUUCCGUGGGAUUAGUUGGCUACGCAGGGUCCGGACUCGGGCCUGGGGAAAACUCUGUGUCUGUCUGGGGCUGGCAUCACCUAGCACACAGACCGCCUUUUUCUCCCAGAAAUGGAUGGAGGAGUUCUCCCUGAAAGGAAAAGGGUAAGCUCAGAGCAUCGGAAGGAGAAGUCCCGUGACGCGGCACGAUGUCGACGUGGCAAGGAGUCUGAGGUGUUCUUUGAGCUGGCGCACCAGCUGCCUCUCCCGCAUAGCGUCACCUCCAACUUGGACAAGGCCUCCAUCAUGAGGCUGACCAUCAGCUACCUGCGAAUGCGGAGGCUGCUGAGCUCGGAUGAGCCUGUGGAGGAAUCUGAGCUGGACAGCCAGCUGAACACCUUCUACCUGAAAGCUUUGGAGGGUUUCCUUAUGGUGCUGUCCGAGGACGGUGACAUGGUGUACCUCUCGGAGAACGUCAACAAAUGCAUGGGUCUCACCCAGUUUGACCUCACAGGCCACAGCAUUUUCGACUUCGCCCACCCCUGCGACCACGAAGAAGUGAGGGAGAUCCUCAUACACAGAACAGGUUCACCCAAAAAAACCAAGGAGCAGAACACAGAGAGACACUUCUUCCUGCGAAUGAAAUGUACACUCACCAGCAGGGGGCGUACUGUCAACAUAAAAUCAGCGACAUGGAAGGUGCUGCACUGCAUGGGUCACGUCCUCCUGCCCAAAGGAGAGGAAGAGCAGAGUGACUGCGGCUACAAACAGCCACCGGUGCCCUACCUGGUGCUCAUCUGUGAGCCCAUCCCUCACCCCUCCAACAUCGAGGUCCCACUGGACAGCAAGACUUUCCUGAGCCGGCACAACCUGGACAUGAAAUUCUCCUACUGCGAUGAGAGGAUCACAGAGCUGUUGGGUUACAAGCCAGAGGAGUUGCUGAAUCGCUCUGCAUACGAGUACUACCACGCUCUCGACUCGGACCACCUCACAAAGACGCAUCACAACCUAUUUGCCAAGGGCCAGGUCACCACGGGACAGUACCGCAUGCUGGCCAAGAAGGGUGGCUUUGUGUGGGUCGAUACCCAGGCCACCGUCAUCUACAACACCAAGAACUCUCAACCGCAGUGCAUCGUAUGUGUGAACUACGUGCUCAGUGGGGUGGAGGAGAAGGAUCUGGUGCUUUCUCUGCGACAGACGGAAGGGGACAAGGAAGUUGAGGAGGUGGAGGACCUGCAGAGUCCAGAGGCAGAUACAGUGAAGCACUUCAUCAGCUACAAGGAGGCUAUUGUCAAGGACAGCUUGUAUGAGCAACUGAAGGGUGAACCGGAGCACCUGACCCAACUGGCGCCUGCAGCCGGCGACACCAUCAUCCAGCUGGACUUCAGCAUGCCUGAACCCACCCUGCAGGGUUUGGACCAAGUUGCAGUCUACAACGAUGUCAUGCUGCCUUCUUCCAACGAGAAGUCGCCUCUGUCUCCGCUCUCCCCAAGUGAUUCGCCCCAACCUCUGGGGAUCAACCUGGACCCCACUCUCGGCGGGGGGGACAUGGCUAAACUAGAGUCAUGUGCUGAAGACUUGUCCUUCCCUGUGCCCUGUGCUCUGGUCACUCCUGGGCUGGAGUCGUUGGGCCUCCGCUCUAACACCAGCUCAGAGCCUAGCAGCCCACUGCAGUUCUGCUUCUCAGUGGACUCUGACAUCGACGUCGAAUUCAAAUUCGACCUGGUAGAGAAACUGUUUGCCAAAGACCCUGAAGCCAACCCCCCUUUCACUGCACAGUCCACGGAGGACUUGGACCUGGACAUGUUGGCCCCCUAUAUUCCCAUGGACGACGACUUCCAGCUACGCAUGCUGCCCUCCACCGAGCAACUGCUCUCCCCCGCUCCGGACCUGGCUGACAUGAGCGCCUUCUUCCAGCCAUGUCCCCCUGUCGUCAAGCAGGAGCCGCGGCCUUCCACGCCGCUCCGUCUGCCGCUGGCCGAGCCGCGCAGCGCCCCCAGCUCGCCCGCGCCAGACCCCCGGCAUGGUGCCAGCUCGCUCGGCAAGAGGGCACCACCGCUGCACAGGGAGCUCUCCCCCAAAAUGCUGGCCCUGCACAACAUCCAGCGUAAGAGGAAGCUGCACGAGGUGACCGCUGUGCCCCAGCACGUCACAUCGGAAUUGCAGGACACUGAAGAGUCGAGGAAGAAAGUGCGGGGCCUGGAAACCGCCACAGCACUCCCCCUGCGCAAGACGGUACUGCUUCUGCCGUCAGACAUGGCGAGCCACUUGCUGAGCAGCGGGCUGCCGGAGCUGACACGCUACGACUGCGAAGUCAACGCGCCAGUGCUCAGCCGCCAGCAUCUGCUGCAAGGCGAGGAGCUCCUGCGGGCGCUGGACCACGGCGACUGAGCGCUGCCCCCACCCCCGACGCCACCUCUGCCUCCCUCUCCCCAUAUUUAUAUUUUAAUAUCCUGUUGUUUUUUAAAAACCGGAUUCUUGCACCUUAAGUGGGUCCUUCCUGUCCAGCUGCCAUGGCAACCGUGCAGCUGGGGGAGGUUUACCCUGAGCGCUGAAAGAUGAGGGGUGUGGGGGGGUAUCACUGCUGUCAAUGGCUGCUGUGAGGUUGGUUUUGCUCUUCCAGAGACACCAGUGAUUUAUGCUAUCCGUGGUCUCCCAUUCCUCUUGGCUAGUGCCAGAGUACCAAACUGUUGAAUCCAGUCACAUGUUCAGUAUUUUCCUUAAACCAAAAUACCAGCAGUUCAUGCAGCACGCAAGCAUUUUUAAGCAUACUUUUAAUAGUGGAGUAAAACACUUAUUUCCACCCUUUUCUAAGUAGUAGUGCAGUAGGACAUAUAUCAGCUUGCAUUUGUGUCUUGUGCCUCAGGAGUGUCCACUGGGAUCCGUUUGCACGCGUAUUCACCAGGACACUGACUAAUGGGGCACGCGAAUACAAAACCAUCAGUAUAAAUCAGUAAUAGAUGUUACUGGGUUGUUGGGUUAUAUCUUGUGACACAGAUGAAUUGUUUAAUCAUGAAGAGAUUUUUAAGAAAAUUGUAGUCUUUGACUAAAACUCACCUGUACUUUCACUACAUGCCGCUGAGGAUUACAGACGUUUCUCAGACCUGUGCUCUGUAACUGUCGUAACCGGCCGCUUUCCGUUUCUCUUGUCUGGUUUUCGCAAUGGUGCUUACAUUGUGUCACAGCAAAAUAUACUAUUUUUACUCAAUCUUUGUACACUGUCAGACAGAAAGUAACUUAUUUGUACCUUAGAGGGUACAAUUACCUGUCACUGGUGCUGUACCCUCAAGAGUCUGUCAACUGUAUCCAAGCUGUAGGUAAAUGAACCUUUUAUUCGUUUUAGUAUUGAACAAAACUGUAUCAGGGCUCUUCCCUUUUUCUGACAGUGUACGUAAAGUCUUCUGUACAAAGCUGUUAUCUGGGUUAAUUCUGUCAGUUGCCUCUCCUUCCGAGCUGAAUGUACAGUUUCAUUUACAUCAGUAAACAUCUGAGUGCGGACCA